UACUCCGUGACUCUGGCUAAAAAGAGACACACGGAGGACAUUGCACAUUGAAUGAUUACACAGCAUUGUCACCGAUGUGUGCUGGCGAUCACAUUAUUGAACUGAAGUGAGAAUCAUAACAAAGUUGUUGAUCCGCCAUGACACAAAGAAAAGUGUACUGCCUCUUUAAAAAAAGGCGUGGUCACGUGGUAUUGUGUCACGUGACUUACUUGAGUGGACACUUUUGAGACCAUCGAGAGAAACAUUAAGACUUUCUCCAUCUUUUUUUAUUCGUCACUCUUCAACUUGGCGUCUGAUGGGACUCUUGUGGACUCCAUUGUGACAAAGAAGACGGUUUGAAGGAGCUCACAUGCAGGCGAGUGACGUCACCUGCUGCCUUCGUCAACAUGGGAAGUUUGGUCAAAAUCGCAGCUUUUAACAUCAAAAUGUGUGUUGUUGUGUGCAGACGUGCAUCCUAGGCUUGACCCUGCUGACCCUGAGCGCCGCCCUCGUCUGUCCUGAUGGCGGCGUGUGCGAGGACCAGAGCACCUGCUGUAAGAACGCCAUGGGAGGAUACGCAUGUUGCCCACCGCUACGCCUGAGUCAGCGAGCGGCGGCCAUCAUGUGUCCUGACCAACAGUCCGAGUGUCCGGACGCCACCACGUGUUGCCAGCUUCCUGACAGCUCCUGGGGCUGCUGCCCGCUACCCAAGGCGGUGUGCUGCGAGGACAAGCGUCAUUGUUGUCCUGAGGGAAGCACAUGUGACAUUGCCAAGUCCAAAUGUGUCUCGCCUUCGGGCAGCUGGCGCCCUCUGCUGGCCAAACUGCCCGCCAAGACCAAGGAUGACCACGGUGUCAGCGUGGCGUCACUCACAUGUCCCACCGGAGGAAGCGGCUGUCCUGACACCUUCACCUGCUGCCUGCUGGUGGGCGGAGCCUAUGGAUGCUGUCCUCACACGCAGGCCGGGUGCUGCCACAAUGCCCACUGUUGCCCUGGCAACCGCACAUGUGACCUGCAGCGUGACAUGUGCCUAUCAGCUGAUGCUCAAGUAGCACUCCUUAAAAAGCUUCCUGCAUCAGCCGGUAACGUAGUGGCGUCUGCGGAGAAGAGCGAGUGUGACGAGUCCACCUGGUGUCCCGGAGUGUCCACCUGCUGCAGGAGCGUGAGCGGGGGUUGGGCCUGCUGCCCCCUGGAGCAGGUAAAGAUGGCCGUGUGCUGCGGUGACCACCAGCACUGCUGUCCUCACGCCAAGGUGUGCAACCUGAAGGCACAGACAUGUGACGACCCCUCAGGUGUGGCCCCGCCCCUGCCCUGGCUCACUAAGGUGGAGCCCGCACAGCUCCGCCUCCCUUUGCUCAGGAAGAUGUGUGACGAGGGGACCAGCUGCCCCAGAGACACCAGCUGCUGCUUCAUGAAGAGGACGCACACCUGGGGAUGUUGCCCACUGCCACAGGCCGUGUGUUGCGAGGACGGCGAGCACUGCUGUCCCGCCGGACACGUGUGCGAGCCACACCGCGCGUCCUGCUCCAGAGGACGGCGUGCGGUGCCCUGGCUGGCCAAGGUGGCGGCGAGCAUGGUGGCGGCGAGCAGGGUGGCGGACGUGAAGUGUGACAACAAGAGCAGCUGCGCGGCAGGAAGUACGUGCUGCAAGCUGCCCGACGGAGAGUGGGGCUGCUGCCCGCUAGUCAAGGCCGUGUGUUGUGCGGACCGGGAGCACUGCUGCCCGCAGGGAUACACCUGCAACAUGGAGACGGGAACGUGCGAGAAGACCACGCCCACGGCGGCGCUCCCCGCCGUCACGCCGGUCCUCGUGCCGUGUGACGCCACCGCCGUGUUCGGCUGCCCCGAGCGAGAGACGUGCUGCAGGAGCUCCGCCUCCCAGUGGGCCUGCUGCCCCUCCCCCGGGGCCACCUGCUGUGCCGACCUGAGGCGAUGUUGUCCCGCCGGCUUCUUCUGCGACUUGAAGACUGGCGGCUGCAGCCCGGCUCCGCCCACCUGGGACACAGGUGCAGAGCUCUAACCUGCCUAUCAGCUGCCUUCCAUUGGAUGUGACUCCGCCCCCUCGUGGGCUGUCUCCGUGACAUGUGACGUCAUUGGAUGAAAAUAAGACAAUACAGGAAGUGUGAAGAUUAGUUUGGUUGUUCAUGCUCAUCUUAUCUUAUAUUAGGAUCAAUAGAUCACUUUGAUCUGUGUUCAAUUAGGAUCAAUACAAGUGAUCACUUUGAUCUGUGUUCAAUUAGGAUCAAUACAAGUGAUCACUUUGAUCUGUCUUCAAUAAACGGUUCACUUUGUACUCUGUGCUGUAGCAGCUAGUGGCCACUAGGGGACAUGAGAACAGCUGAGUGGCAUUGCAUUUAAGUGGACUGUCAUUUCACUUAAGUGUCAGUCCACUUAGAUGACAGU